ACAAUUUUAGACCUCAAAAAUAUGUCUGGUUAACGUCCACACACACCCUUAAAAAAAUCUUCACACCCUUCUUCUCCUUUUGUUUACUUUUCCUUGCACCAAUUUGCCUCCUCUUUCUCUUCUUCAACCUUCAAACAAACUCUUCAUCCGUCUUUGACCGUAACAGUACAAGUUCCAACUUUUUUGCAUACCUUUUAUUAAAUACCUACUUAGGUGCAUAUUUUGUAUUGUUGUGUAUCUAUUUAUUAAGCUUCUUUCUCUCUUUAACACCACUUUUACAUUUGUGUACGUUUUCAAGAGUUGUUUCUUGUUAUUGUUGUUGUUAUUGCUGAUACUUUGAAUUUGUGAGAGGAAUAUGGUAGGAGCAAUAUCUGUUAUUGGUUCAUCAAUGAUGGACUCACACACUGGUCCAUGUUUGUGUGUGGAUGCACUUCCAACAACUAAUAUGAAUCUCAAGAUUGGUUGUGGGGAUGUUGUUUUGUGGAAGAAUUUGAUGGGAAAGAAGCAUUUGGAAAAGCGCGGCGGCGGAAGAACUAUGGGGUUGAGUAGUUCUUUUACUGAUCCUGGAAGAGAAUGGAGAGUCAAGUUUAGCAGAAGUUGCAAGAAGCAAAGGAGUGAAGAUAGGAGAGUUACCAUUGUUAGUGAGCUUGGUGGUCAAUAUGAGGACACUUUUGAGGAUGUUAAAACGCAAAUGCUCAACUAUUUCACGUACAAGGCUGUGAGGACUGUUAUGCAGCAGCUGUAUGAGAUGAACCCACCUAAAUACACGUGGUUUUAUAACUUUGUUGUAUCAAACAAACCACAAGAUGGAAAACGUUUUAUCCGAUUGCUUGGGAAGGAACAACAAGAGCUUGCUGAAAGAGUGAUGUUGACUCGGCUUAACCUUUAUGCUAAAUGGGUCAAGAAAUGUAAUCAUGCUGAGAUAUAUAAUCAAAUAUCAGAUGAAAACUUGGAGUUGAUGAGGGAACGACUCAUGGAGACAGUAAUAUGGCCCUCAGAUGACAGCAGCUCAGAAUUAAUUGGUUGAUAUGAAUGAACAUUGUUCCUUUCUGUUUCCAACCUUUUGUUUGAUUCCUAGUCUAGGUGUAAACUUUAUUUUUAUACCAACAUGUAUUGUUUCCAAAUGUGUCAUUUUCCCGUAACAGGAUUACCAGAUUUAUAUUAUGUAAAUUGUGUAUAUAUCAGCACCUUUUAAAUACAGAGUCCAUUAUUUUGAAUUGUUUGA